AUGGCGUCUUCCGACCAGGCCGCUCUCAUUCACACUCCUGGUAUCCAAGAAAUCGAAGUCGACACCAGCUCGCUGACCUCGAGUGUCACCGCUUACCCUGUUGAGCACGGCCGCCGCUACCACGCUUAUAAGGAUGGCUCUUACAUCAUGCCCAACGAUGAGAGCGAGGCAGACCGCCUCGACUUGUUGCACCAUAUGCUGAUGGUAUUGUUCGACGGCAAGCGUAUUCAUUCUCCGGUCAAGAAGGAAAAUCUCAAGCGGAUUCUUGAUGCUGGUACCGGAACUGGUAUUUGGGCAAUUGAUGUUGGCGAUGAGUACCCCGAUGCACAGGUCAUUGGAAACGACCUCAGUCCCACACAGCCACAAUGGGUGCCACCGAACGUCAAGUUCGAAGUCGAUGACAUCGAAGAACCUUGGACACACGCCGAGCCAUUCGACCUCAUUUUCUCCAGAUACAUGGACGCCGCAAUCACCAACUGGCCCGCGCUCGUGGAGAACAUGUUCAAACACACCAGGCCCGGAGGCUGGGUUGAACUCCAAGGCUUCGACACGCACUAUAAAUCCGACGACGGCAGCCUCCCUGCAGACUCAUUCAUCAACAAGUUCGUUGCGACGAUUGAGGCGGGCUGCACCAAGCUCGGCAAGGAAGUCUACACGGGACCGACGUUCGCCGGGUUGCUCAAGGACGCUGGUUUCGUCAACACCCAUGUGCAAAAGUACAAGCUGCCUCUGGGCCCGUGGCCCAAGGACAAGAAGAUGAAAGAGGUCGGCACCGUCAACCUGAUGCAGGUCCUGGAGGGUAUGGAGGCUUUCUCGUACCGCUUGUUUACUAGCACGCUGGGCUGGAAGCUCGAUGAGGUGCAAGUUUUUAUCGCGAAGACGGUCAAGGAGUUGAAGACCAUGAAGUACCACGCAUACAAUGAGUUUUACGUCGCAUACGCACAGAAACCAGAGUAA